CUGUAGAGAGCAGCAUCUUACUUCCAUGAUUUUGCACACCGGAAACUCAUAGGGACGCGAGGAAGAAGAGUAGGAGGCAAAAUCGUGUCGGUGAAGGGCCAAGACAGAAACUUGGGACAUAAAAUCAAAGAGAGAUACUAUCACAAUGCUUCCCCUAUCACUGCUGAAGACUGCCCAGAACCAUCCUAUGCUGGUCGAGCUGAAGAACGGAGAGACGUACAACGGUCACCUGGUCAGCUGCGACAACUGGAUGAACAUCAACCUGAGAGAAGUUAUCUGCACCUCAAGGGAUGGAGAUAAGUUCUGGAGGAUGCCUGAGUGCUACAUCAGAGGAAGCACCAUCAAGUAUCUGCGAAUCCCAGACGAGAUCAUCGACAUGGUGAAGGAGGAGGUGGUGUCGAAGGGCCGCGGACGAGGAGGCGCCCAGCAGAACAAACAGCAGGGCAAAGGAAGAGGAGGAGCCGGCCGAGGUCUGUUUGGCAGUCGUGGCAGAGGAAUGACCGGCCCGGGUCGGGGCCAGCAGCAGCAGCAACAGCAGCAGCAGCAGCAGCAACAGCAGGAUAAGAAACCAGGAAAACCACAGGGAAUGAAGAACCAGCACUGACAGACAAUGCAGAACCUUCAACAACAGCACAUCCUCUUAUUCAGAGCUAUUACUCCUUCAGUACACAAAGACAGAAUUAACUCUCUGGUGUUUUCUUCUGCUGUGAUGUUUGUAAGAACUGACCGUUGCAGAAAUCACACUGGGAGAGGUUGAGAGAAGCUGCACUGAAUUUUGUUUUUUAGCAUCUGUAAGUUGGUAUUAACAUUUUUUUUAUGACCAUAUACCAGUGCACCAGUCAGAGCUGAUAGACUUCUCCUUUAGUAUCAAUUUGUAAUAUUACAACUUCACAUUUUGUAUCAUAAAUCACAUCUAAUUAUCAUAAAAGAAAAAACAGUUUUCCCUCAGUUGGUACACUGGAAUGAGGUUUCUAUUUUUAGUUUUUUCAGUGGUUGGUUGUUUGUCAGCUUGUCUCCUCAGGUGUGGUUUUCAUUAAUGAAGAAACUGCCCAGCCCCAACUUAUGUUGCAUGAAUAUUUUGAAUAUUGAAUAUUUUUUUUAAACUGGCUCUUUAUUUUCUGUGUUGUUUGUGACGUUCUGUUGUUUGCAACCUUUUUGUUUGGCUGCUGCAGUGAACAACCUGAUCACAGCAGGUGAACAGUAGACCAGCAGUCACCAGAUUGAGGAUUCAGUCUCUGAAAAGAAACACUUUUGUUAAAGCAUUUGUAAAACGACACGUGAUGAUGAUGAUGAUGGAGAAAAAAAUGUCUCAUGUUCUUAAGUCAGACAUGGAUGAGUGUCCGUUUGGUUAGGUUUCAUUUUAUUUUUGUAACACGAGACGAUGUUGUAAUUUAUUUACAUGAGAACAUGAGAAUAAAACAACUUUUGUUAAA